UGCAGGUUCCUGAGCUCGCUGCGAGUGUGUGUGACAGGAGACUGUGAAAAGAUAAAGACAAAAAAAAAGAAAGAGAGAGAGACAGAGAGAGCGAGAGAGGGAGAGAGAGAGAGAUGGACGACUAAAAAGAAAAAGUAAAAAAACUCAGUGAGGACGGAGACAACGCAGGUGGAAAUAUUGGGACACUGUCUGGGUUUGGGGACAACAUUUAAUCCUUCUGUUGUGGAACGUUUUUGUUUUUUUUCCCACCAUGCACCUCUCUGGACUUGUGCAGCUCUGGCUCUUGGGGUCACUGAUGCUGACGUGGCCCGUUUCUGGGCUCAUUAGGAUGCAUCCAGAGUCCACUGGUACCUCAGCUGAGACUGACCACGGUCACCACAACUCCAGCGUUGAGGAAGUGCCCAUUGUGACCUUUAAAUGGCCUCACGUGAAGACGCCUUAUCUGAUUACACUGUGGAUUUUUGUGGCUUUUUUGGGAAAGAUGGUCAUCGAGGCCAACCACCAUGUGACCAGCGUGAUCCCCGAGAGCGCCCUCCUCAUCUGCUUUGGCUUCAUCCUGGGUGGAAUGAUCUGGGGCGCGGACAAGAAGCAGACGUUCACGUUGACACCGGAGGUUUUCUUCCUCUACCUCCUGCCACAGGUCAUCCUGGACGCCGGCUACACCAUGCCCAACAAGCUCUUCUUCACCAACCUGGGCGCCAUCCUGAUCUACGCCAUCAUCGGAACAUGCUGGAACGCUGCCUCUGUGGGGCUGUCACUGUGGGGGUGCCACGAAGGCGGAGCCAUGGGUGACAUUGAAAUCGGUCUGCUGCAGUACCUUCUCUUCGGCAGCCUCAUCGCCGCGGUGGACCCUGUGGCCGUCCUCGCCGUGUUCGAACAGGUUCACGUCAACGAGGUUCUCUUCAUCAUGGUGUUUGGGGAGUCGCUGCUCAACGACGGCGUGACAGUGGUUCUGUUUAAUGUAUUUGACGCCUUUGUGUCAUUGGGAGGACCUAAAAUUAACGCUGCAGAGAUUGUCAAAGGAAUCGUGUCCUUCUUCGUGGUGGCGUUCGGUGGCUCCCUCUUGGGGAUGGUUUUCGGCCUGUUGAUUUCUCUUCUGACCAGAUGCACCAAAAACAUCAAGAUCAUUGAGCCGGGCUUCAUAUUUGUCCUGGGAUACCUGUCCUACCUGACUGCGGAGAUGCUGUCCCUGUCUGCCAUCCUCUCGAUCGUCUUCUGCGGAGUCUGCUGUCAGAAGUACAUCAACGCAAACAUGGACGAGAACUCCGUCAACACCGUCAGAUACGCCAUGAAGGUUCUCGCCAACGGAUCAGAGACCAUUAUUUUUGUCUUCCUUGGCAUCUCGGCCAUUGACAAGGAGAUCUGGGUUUGGAACACGGGCUUCAUCCUCCUCACCCUCCUCUUCAUCAUCAUCUACAGGAUAAUUGGCGUCUUCUUCCUCACCUGGAUCCUAAACAAGUUCAGGCUGGUCCCCGUAAGCUUCAUAGAUCAGGUGAUCAUGAGCUACGGUGGCCUGCGAGGAGCUGUCGCCUACGGCCUGGCUGUGAUGCUGGACGAGAGCAAGAUAAAGGAGAAGAACCUGAUGAUCAGCACCACCCUCAUCGUUGUCUACUUCACUGUCAUCUUUCAGGGAAUAACCAUGAAACCUCUGGUCAGGUGGCUGAAAGUCAGGAGAGCCAACACAUCAGAGCUCACGCUCAUAGAAAAAGUUCAAAACAAGGUGUUUGACCACAUGCUGGUUGCCAUAGAGGACAUUUCUGGACAGAUUGGACACAACUACAUGAGAGAUAAGUGGAAACACUUUGAGGACAAAUGGAUGACAAACGUUUUGAUGAAGCCAUCGGCGAGGAAGGUGCGAGAUCAAGUCUUCAAGGUCUUCCACCGGCUGAAUCUCAAGGAUGCUGUCAGCUACGUGGCAGAGGGUGAACGUCGAGGCUCACUGGAGUUCGUUCGCAAUGAAACUGCAAUCGUGGACUUCAAGAAGAAGAUUGGUGAAGAUUUCACGGAGGUGAUGCCUGACAUCAUGGCCGACACGUCAAGUGACUACGACGCCAUGACUGACAUGAGAAGAGACCCGGUGCCGUCAGUCAGUCUGGAAAUCCAUGAGCAAGGCAUGAAGGGUGUGAGGGAAACUGAGGAUGUCAACACCCACCACCUGCUGCAGCAGCACCUGUACAAGAGCAGGAAACAGCACCGGCACAGGUACAGUCGCAGCCACUUCCACGUCAACGAGGAUGAAAAAGAGGUGCAGGAGAUUUUCCAGAGGACCAUGAGGAAUCGACUGGAGUCCUUCAAGUCUGCAAAGAUGGGGGUCGCCCCACCGAAGACCAUUUCCAAGCACCAGAAGAAGGACCAGCAGCAGCAGCAGAAGAUGGCAAAUGGAAAACAACUGGACAAAAGUAAAACCUACAACUCUGGUGACGAAGAUUUUGAGUUUUCAGAAGGAGACAGUGCCACUGGGUUUGAAGCAUCAGGGACUUCCUCCCCCUGGAGGGUGACAUACAGAGCAGGAGCUGGGAUCGAGAACCCGGCCUUCAUGCCCGACAUGGAUCUCACGGACCCUCUGCAGGUUCCACCCUGGCUGGCAGACACCGAGCUGGACAGCAGCAGCAGCAUGGUGGCGCCCUCUCAGCGGGCCCAGGUCAGGCUGCCGUGGACUCCCAGCAACCUGCGUCGCCUGGCUCCACUCCGCAUCAGCACCCGCUCCACCGACUCCUUCAUGAUGGCCGACAGAGAGGCCACGCAGCCGAGGAACGAAGACGACGAGCGCUUCCCUCCUCCUCCUCCUCCUCCACCUGCUCCUCACAGAGAUGAGGGCCACAUGUAGCAGGAUGCACUGCAGACAAACUCAGACUUUGCACCGACUGCCUUUAAAAGAUUGACCAGCGAAUGUUUUUCUUUCCAUGUGCCGUUGUGUAACCUUCGUUUUUCCGACCAAACACUCACAGCUCCAUGACCAUGGACCGUUCCUUAUGUUGUCACCCUUCACUGAGCAGAAGGAGAAUGUGUCCGUCUGUCUCUGUGGAUGUGUGUAUGUACGUCUUCGAUUAAUCAUUGAACAAAUUCCUCCUGUCAAACUGUCCGUAUUUAUUCAUUUAUGUUGUUUCACUUCACCUAAAUCACCUUUACUCCUGUAAUCUGAAUGUUAAUAAUAUUACUUUUUUGUUUUUUUUAUCUAAUAUCAGUGAGCUCACUGCUGUGAGGUCAGAUGUUCUACUUGAAGAGUCAAACCACUGUAAAAUGUGACGUAUCCAAAACAAGGAAUGCUGACAUUAUAUUUUUACACCAAAGAAGCUUUGUGCUCCUCAGAGCUGGCAUGGUUUUGUGUGUUUGAGUGUUUAAAUAAUGAUUAUAUAAAUAAAGAAAUUAAAUAAAA